AUGUGUAUUCAAGUUGAGAGCGGAAAACUGAACGAUCUACAUUUAAAUCACAUCUUAUUGGCCGGAGCAAUUCCGUGGACCGAACAAAAAUUUCAUGGCAUAACAUCUCAAUUACAUUUUGAUACAAUUUUCACAGCUCUCACGUUCAAAUGUUUACCCAAAUCUUCUAUCUGCUUACCCACCUCAAAAUGCGCGACUUCAGGCAAAAUUCGAUCGAACUGCAUGUUCCUCGACUCAGGAAUAAGGAAACUCGUCCAGCAAGGCCUUGCUGAUUACACGCCAAUGUUUUUGUCUGAUACGAGCACUCUCUACAGUACUUUCGCUAUGCCAGUUGAUGUAGCUCUUAUUACGGUCUCACCAAUAGAUGAACACGGAUACUGUACGUUGGGGGUGAGUGCCGAUUGCUCAGUUUCAGCAGUGAGAGCGGCUCGGAACAUCAUUGCGUUGGUUAAUGAAACAAUGCCGCGAACCUUCGGUGAUACAACUAUACAUUGUUCGCAUAUUGAUGCGUUAGUGAAUGCAACAACAGCGAUUCACGCAAAAAGCGAUUUGAGAAACACUGAAAGUGAUGAUGAAAUUGGUAAACUGAUCGCAGAAAAUCUGGUUGACAAUGGUGCGACUUUACAAUUGGGUAUUGGUGCAAUACCAGAUUCCGUCCUUUCGGCAAUGCGAAAUCACAAAGAUCUCGGCAUACACACGGAGAUGUUCUCUGAUGGAGUGAUUGAUCUGAUUCAACGAAAUGUUAUCAACAAUUCAAAAAAGAAUGUCGAUCCCGGAAAAGUGAUAGCGACGUUCGCCUAUGGCACUGAACAGUUCUAUAAAUUCAUCAAUAAUAAUCCCCUUUUUGCAUUCCGAAGUUGUGCAUAUACGAACGAUCCGCAGCUGAUCAGAAGGCAUCAUAAAAUGACUGCGAUAAAUUCAGCCAUUGAAAUAGAUCUUACUGGACAGAUUGCAUCUGAUUCCAUUGGAGCUUCAUUUUAUUCAGGAUUUGGUGGUCAGACGGAUUUCGUCUACGGAACUGCGACGGCUGAGGAUGGGCAAGGAAAAGCAAUAAUUGCUUUGCCGUCAACAACCGCUAAGGGGCAGUCCAAAAUUGUACCAUUCCUUAAGGAGGGUGCUGGUGUCGUUGCUACAAGAGGUCAUGCAAGAUAUAUUGUCACCGAAUAUGGCAUUGCAAAUAUAUGGGGGAAAUCGGUACGGCAACGUGCUUACGAAUUGAUCCGAAUUGCACAUCCUGACCAUCGCAAAUCGCUUGAAAAAGCCGCUUUCGAACGUCUCAAAUGUAUGCCAAGUAGAGGCUGA